GAUUGAUAAUUUUCUGAAUGAAAAACGUAAUGAACAGAUUCGUAACGAAAUAAGAGAAAGGAAUCAGGAAAAGAAGCUAUUACAGAGUAAUGAAGCUUCCGCUUCUCAAGCCCAAAACUCAUAUUCGGAUAGCUCGCCAAAAUCUUAUGAUGAAUUACACCCUUUGAUAGAAGAAUUAAGAAUAGAACCUUUAGUGGAAGAUACCAUUAAAGUUGUUAAUGUAGAUAAAAAUUCUACAGAUAAACAAUCACUCGCAAUCGAAUUGGUUCAUCUAUUUAAAAAAAUAAGCUUGGCAGAAAAUAAUACUAAACGAGCCAAG